CUGGCGAGACUUGGAGCCGGGUUGGGGGCGGGCCUUCCGGUGGAAGGGCGCGUGGGAGAGGAAGGUCAGCACUGGGGACUCUUCCUCCCUCCUGCCCCAGAAAUGUCUUCACUUUCAGAAUAUGCCUUGCGCAUGACUCGCCUGAGUGCCCGGCUAUUUGGUGAAGUUGCCAGGCCUACUGAUUCCAAAUCCAUGAAAGUGGUGAAACUGUUUAGUGAGCAGCCUUUGGCCAAGAGGAAGGAGACAUAUGACUGGUAUCCAAAUCACAACACUUAUUUUGCGCUCAUGGGGAUACUGCGUUUUUAUGGCCUCUACAGAGACGAGCAUCAGGACUUCAAGGAGGAGCAGAGACGUCUGAAGAAACUUCGUGGAAAGGGGAAACCAAGGAAAGGAGAAGGAAAAAGAGCAGCAAAAAAGAAAUAGUGUUUGUCAGUGCGGAGAGAAACUUCCUCCUCUGCAACUGAGAGCAGAAGCAAGAGUUUAUUCUCUUUCCCCAUGUUGAAUGAGGAACACAUGCUCCGUGUUGAAGUCUGAUCCAGUUAAAGUGUGACCGGU